CCAUCUUUUUUAAUUUCCCAGCUUUGCUUUGCUCUCUCACUUCCCUUCUUCAACCCCAAACCUAUAUUUCUACAGUAAGAUUUGUGCGCUUCCAGACUGCUAAAGGUUGGAUUCAGAAGUUGAGCUAUACCUUUUUUGCUUAAGGAAACAGUUAUAGAGAAGAAUUCCCAGAAAUGUCUAGCUCUUCAAAAGUUCUGGAUCCUGCAUUUCAGGGAGUGGGUCAAAGACCCGGGACUGAAAUCUGGCGUAUUGAGAAUUUUCAGCCAGUUCCGUUACCGAAGUCGGACUAUGGAAAAUUCUACAUGGGGGAUUCUUAUAUCGUCUUACAGACAACAUCUAGCAAGGCGGGUUCAUAUCUGUAUGACAUACACUUCUGGAUCGGUAAAGAUACUAGUCAGGAUGAGGCUGGAACAGCUGCUAUAAAAACUAUUGAGCUAGAUGCAGUACUUGGAGGGCGUGCUGUACAGCAAAGGGAACUUCAAGGGCUUGAAUCUGAUAAAUUUUUGUCGUACUUUAAACCUUGCAUUAUCCCAUUGGAAGGUGGUAUUGCUUCUGGAUUUAAAAAGCCAGAAGAAGAAGAGUUUGAAACACGGUUGUAUGUCUGUAGAGGGAAGCGUGUUGUCAGAUUGAAGCAGGUUCCUUUUGCCCGUUCUUCACUGAAUCACGAUGAUGUAUUUAUCCUGGAUACUCAGAAUAAGAUUUAUCAAUUCAAUGGUGCAAACUCUAACAUUCAAGAAAGGGCAAAAGCAUUAGAAAUUAUUCAGUUUCUAAAAGAAAAGUAUCAUGAGGGAACCUGUGAUGUUGCAAUUGUGGAUGAUGGUAAAUUGGACACGGAGUCCGAUUCAGGUGAGUUCUGGGUCCUCUUUGGUGGUUUUGCUCCAAUCGGCAAGAAGGUUGCCAGUGAAGAUGAUGUUAUUCCUGAAAGUAGUACUGCUAAACUUUACAGCAUAACUGAGGGCGAGGUGAAGAUUGUAGAAGGUGAACUAUCAAAAGGACUAUUGGAAAACAACAAAUGCUAUCUACUAGACUGCGGCGCUGAGGUUUUUGUUUGGGUUGGACGGGUGACACAAGUAGAGGACAGAAAAGCCUCCAGUCAAGUUGCUGAGGACUUUAUUGCUAGCCAGAAUAGACCAAAAGCAACACGCAUAACCCGGGUCAUCCAAGGGUAUGAAACCAAUUCAUUCAAGAGCCACUUUGAUUCUUGGCCAGCAGGGUCUACAGCUCCUGGUGCAGAGGAAGGAAGAGGAAAAGUAGCAGCUUUGCUGAAGCAACAAGGAAUUGGUGUCAAGGGGACGAGCAAAAGUGCUCCUGUAAAUGAAGAAGUUCCUCCUUUGCUUGAAGGCGGUGGAAAGAUGGAGGUAUGGUGCAUCAAUGGCAGUGCCAAGACACCGUUGCCAAAAGAGGAUAUUGGUAAAUUCUAUAGUGGAGACUGCUACAUUGUGCUUUAUACCUACCACUCGGGUGACAGGAAAGAAGAUUACUUUCUUUGCUGUUGGAUUGGAAAGGAUAGCAUUGAGGAAGACCAGAAGAUGGCUGCUCGACUGGCUAACACGAUGUGUAACUCACUUAAGGGCAGGCCUGUUCAGGGUCGAGUCUUUGAAGGAAAAGAACCACCCCAGUUCAUUGCACUUUUUCAACCUAUGGCGGUCCUUAAGGGUGGUCUAAGCACUGGCUACAAAAAGAGUAUAGCAGACAAAGGCUUGACGGAUGAAACCUACACUGCAGAUUGCGUUUCUCUAUUUCAAAUUUCAGGAACCUCCGUGCACAAUAAUAAAACAUUGCAAGUUGAUGCGGUGGCAACAUCUUUGAACUCAACUGAUUGUUUCCUACUGCAAUCUGGAUCUUCAAUGUUUACUUGGCAUGGAAAUCAAAGCACCUAUGAACAGCAGCAAUUAGCUGAAAGAGUUGCUGAAUUUUUUAAGCCUGGAGUUGCCCUCAAACAUGCUAAAGAAGGAAAGGAGAGCUCUGCCUUCUGGUUUGCACUUGGGGGGAAAGAAAGUUAUACCAGCAAAAAUGCAGCUACAGAGGUUGUCAGGGAUCCCCACUUGUUCACCUUCUCUCUUAACAAAGGAAAGUUUGAGGUUGAAGAAGUUUACAAUUUCUCUCAGGACGAUCUCUUGACAGAAGAUAUUUUGAUACUUGACACACAUGCUGAAGUGUUUGUUUGGGUUGGUCAGUGUGCUGACCCCAAAGAAAAGCAAAAUGCAUUCGAAAUUGCCCAGAAAUACAUAGACAUGGCUUCAUCUCUAGAAGGCUUGUAUCCACAUGUUCCACUUUACAAAGUUACUGAAGGAAACGAACCCUGCUUCUUCACAACAUUCUUCUCAUGGGAUUCCACCCAAGCUACUGUGCAAGGAAAUUCAUUCCAGAAGAAGGUGGCAUUACUCUUUGGGGCUAGCCAUGCUGCAGAGAACAAGUCCAAUGGGAACCAAGGGGGUCAUACACAAAGGGUUUCAGCUUUAGCGGCCUUGUCCUCUGCAUUUAAUCCUUCUUCUGCCAAAUCAACCCCUUCGGCACAGGAUCGAACCAACGGAAAUCAAGGAGGAUCUACACAGAGAGCUUCAGCUUUAGCUGCCUUGUCAUCUGCAUUUAAUCCGUCAUCUGCUAGCAAAAUCUCUACCCCUAAGCCUUCCAGCACUAGUCAGGGAUCGCAAAGAGCGGCAGCUGUAGCGGCUCUUUCUUCGGUUCUUACUGCUGAAAAGAAGAAACAGUCACCUGAUGCAUCCCCUGCAAAAUCCACUAGCAGUACUCCUGCAGUAACCAGCCCACCUCCUGAAGCAAAGAGUGAAGUGGACCCUUCUGAAAUAGAGGUUCCUGAAGCCAACGAGACUGGUAUAGUAUCCGAAACCAAUGGGGAGGAUUCAGAACCAAAGAAAGAGAGCGAGCAGAAUGAGAACGGGAGUGGAAGCACUCAAAGUACUUUCAGUUACGAUCAGCUGAAGGCCAAAUCUGAAAAUCCUGUAACUGGGAUUGAUUUCAAACGGAGAGAGGCUUAUUUGUCAGAUGAGGAGUUCAAGACAGUAUUCGGGAUGGAGAAAGUAGCAUUUUAUAAAUUGCCAAAGUGGAAGCAAGACAUGCUGAAAAAGAAGGUUGAUUUAUUCUAGAGAAUGAAUGCCAUACCAUGUCCUUCAUCUACAUUCUAACUAGCAAACGCUUCAUUGAAUCCGGUAUUCACUUCUCUCGAAAAUUGUGGUUUCGUUAGUAUACGAUGUGCUUGGAUUGCGUUAUCUUGUUUGCCUUUUCUGAUAUAGUCGUGGCUAGUAUCCGAUUGCGACGUUGGUUGAAAGAGUGAUUUUUUUUAGCUUCCGCCCCCCCUCCUGGCGUCACUGGCUUUUGUAAGGAUCACAUGGUAGUAUACAAGGAGAGUUGGCAGGUCAACAUUCUUUCAUUUGGUUGUCAUAUUUGUUUCCUUGUUUUAGCUUGGUGUAUAUGAUUUGCAUUUGUAUGAAUAUAUUUUCAUCCAUGGUUUGAGAUUGAGAAUAUUGUUUU